CCCCACUCCCGAGGAGCUGCUGGGCUGCCCGGACCCCUGGGUGCUGCCUAACACUGUGGAAGGGCCAUACGCCAGCGGCCAGGCCUACCUGGAUGCCCAGUUCCGCCUGCUACGGGAAGACUUUGUUGGGCCGCUCAGGGAGCGGCUGGCGGCCUGCCUGUCCUGCGAGGCCUCGGGCAAGCCGAAGGCUUACCGGGACGUCAGGGUCCUCCACCCGGACUGCCAGUGGGAAGGAGUCACGUACAAGGCCUGGUUCGGCCCCGGUGGCUCCCGCCGAGGCGCCCGCCUGGCUCCCAGGCAGCUGGUGAAGGGCUCCCUGGUCUGCCUCUUCGCCUCCGACUGUGAGCAGAUCUUCCCCGCCACCGUGGCCAAGGGUGACACCCAGCUGCUGGCCCGGGGCUACCUGUGGCUGCGGUUCGCCGCCGGGCACCAGGAACUCUCCCGCCAUCUCUACCGGCACUCGUUCUCCAUGGUGGAGUCACCAGCAUUCUUCGAGGCCUACUCCCACGUCCUUCGGGGGCUGCAGGAGAUGGACGCCAAGCGCAUCCCCUUCCAGAGAUAUGUGGUGAUGUGCAAGGGCCGUGUCCGCCCCCCACAAUAUCUCCCCCCACACAGCACCUACCUGGACAUGCGGCCUCUACUCAAGACGGGCAGCAGAGCCAAGACGUCAGAUGGUCCGGAGGAGGAAAUGGGGCCGACGCAGGAGCAGGGAAUGGAGUGGGAGUGUGCCGAGGUGUCAGAGGAGCGCGACUGCCCUGUUGCAGAUCGCCCUGAGGCUGAAGACUCGGAACCUCCGGUGGAGGUGGAAGGGCGUCCAGCGGACGAGACGGGUCACCCUGCCGCGCGGACUGACGGGCCUGAGGAAGGGGAGAAGGUCCCCAGAGCAGGUCACCCUGGGCCGGCGGAAGAGUUUAUCAGCAUCACGGAGCCCUCGGUGGAGGAGGGAGGCAGCCGGGCAGACGGAGCCCAGUGCCUCCAGCAGACAGGAAUGGAGACCACCCUUCCCGUCCAGCAUGCCAGGGCCCUCCCAGGGCAGGUGGGAAGUCCAUCUCCAGAGAACAAGUACUUGGUCAACCCCUUCCAACAAGACCUGCACUCCCUACGAUGGCUGAGGCACUUUGACAGGUCACAGCUCAAGGCUCUUCAGAAGGCCCUGACCCGGGAGUUCGCCAUAAUUCAGGGUCCGCCCGGCACAGGGAAGACCUUUAUUGGUCUGAAGCUGGUGCAGCUGCUCCUUCACAAUGCGAGGCUGUGGCAGGCGGGCGCGGUGUCAGGGCAGGACACCCCUAUCCUGAUCGUCUGCAACACAAACCACACCCUGGACCUCUUCCUGGAAGGGCUCCUCGAGUCUAAUUGCUCCAAGAUCGUGCGCAUUGGGGGAUUUUGCAAGAACAAGGAACUGCAGAGUUUCACCCUGGAGAACAUUCGCAAGACGAGACUGCAUGCAAUGUUGACGCCCCUGCAGAGACACCGAUUCAAAGAGAUUAAAAAGAAGAUCGAAGACACCAAGGCCGACAUCGUUUACUGCUCCAAGGUGCUGGAGAUGCUCCCAGUGGGAAUCCUGCAGGACGAGGAGCUGGCUCCCGAAAUGAAAGCUGACGUGGAAGAGCUGGGGCUGCCCUCGAUCCCCCUGAGUAACUCGAAGAGUGGGGUGGUGUUGGAAUGGUUGAAGAUACCCCUGCACCUCCGGCCACAGACGGACACGGACAGGAGGCCAGCACCCCGGGCUCUGGGGACCGACCAGGCCCAGGAAGGGAUCAACCCCACCCGGUACUUCCCAUCCGGACCAUCGCAGGAGGCGGCACCGACAGUUAACACCGGCUUUGUGACCUCCAAUGAAGAGGAAGGGGAGUGGGUAGCGGACGGGAGUGCUCCCCGCGACCCUCCGUGUAGCGCGGAACAAUGGGCAGGAAGGAAGUUUGCUUAUCUCACUGGUGCAGACACCAGGGACGGGGAGCUGGCCAUCUGCAGGUGCCUGUCGGAACAGAGCGUCAUGAGUGCAGAGGAGGUGCGGGACGUCGACAGUGUGUGGGAGCUCCCUCUGGAUCACCGCUGGCGGCUCUACAGGAGGUGGAGAGCAGCCUACCAGGACAAGCUGAAUGCCUCGAUGAGUGAAAACCUGGAGCUGUAUGAAAGUCUGGCACAGGAUCUGCAGGCACUGGAACUUGAGGAAACCCUAAUGCUUCUGGGAGAGGCUGCAGUGAUUGGCAUGACGACCUUAGGGACCGCGAGGUACAGAACCCUGCUACAACAUGUCAGGCCACAGAUCGUGGUCUUCGAGGAGGCAGCCGAGGUUCUGGAGGCCCAAGUGUUGACCACCCUCACUCCGGACUGCCAACACCUCAUCAUGAUCGGUGACCACCGACAGCUCAGGCCAAAGGUGGCAAAUUACCGGAACGCUGCCAAAAUGCGUCUGGACAUCUCGCUGUUCGAGAGGAUGGUCUUAAACCAGAUUCCCUUCGUGCAACUCAGUCAGCAGCACCGAAUGCGGCCUGAGAUCUCCCAGCUGAUGGUGCCCAUGUUCUACCCCAGUCUCAGAGACCACCGGUCCGUGACCCACUACAAGGAUGUCAGGGGAAUGGUGAACAACGUCUUCUUCCUACAGCACCAGGAGAGCGAGGCUCGCGGCCUGGACUCUGGGGGGCACGUCAAUGAGCAUGAAGCCCGCCUGCUGGUGGGACUGUCCCGUCACCUCCUGGGACAGGGCUACUCGCCUGGCCAGCUCACCCUCCUGUCCCCCUAUGCUGCUCAGCUGCAGAGGAUCCGGGCGCUGGCCGUCGGCCUCCGGCUGAGGGUCAUGGCCGUCGAUGACUUCCAGGGGCAGGAGAGCGACAUCGUGCUGCUGUCGCUGGUGCGCAGCAACCGGGACGGGCAGGUGGGCUUCCUGCGGGACAGGAACCGCCUGUGCGUGGCCCUGUCCCGGGCCAGGGUGGGCUUCUACUGUGUGGGCGACCUGCAGAACCUGCGCCGUGGCCUGCAGGGGGCGGCGUGGGACGGGUUCCUGCAGCUGCUGAGGGACAGGGGGCUGACGGGGGAGGCGCUGCCCCUGGUCUGCCCCAGGCACCCACGGGGGUGCGUCCUGGUCAGGGCGCCCCAGGACUUCCCGCGGCCUCAGGGCUGCGGGUGCAGCGAGGGGCGCCCGUGCAGGGGGACAUUCACCCGGCAAUGCGAGCACGCCAGCUGCAGCAGAGAAUGCGACCAGCCCUGAGCUUGAUGGACCAGUGCAAGUACCUGGUUCCCUGAAAGCACCAUCACAGGUAGACAGGGUGGUGAAGGGGGCGUUUGGCACACUGGCCUUCCUCGGUCAGGGCAUUGAGUGGGGACAUUACGCUGCAGUUGUGCAAGAGAUCGGUGAGGCUGCACUUGGAAUAUUGUGCUCAGUUUUGGUCCCCCUGCUGUGGGAAAGAUGCCAUUAAGCUGGAAAGAGUGCAGAGGAGAUUUACGAGGAUGUUGCCGGGACUCAAGGUGCUGAGUUAUGGAGAGAGGUUGAGCAGGCUGGGACUUCUUUUCAUUGGAGCGUAGGAGAAUGAGGGGUGAUCUUAUAGUGGUGUGUAAAACCAUGAGGGGCAUAGACAGGGUGAAAGCGUGCAGUCUUUCUCCAAGGGUUGGGGAAUCAAGAACUAGAGGGCACAGGUUUAAGGUGAGAGGGGAGGGAUUUAAUAGGAACCAGAGGGUGUUCAAUAUAUGGAACGAGCUGCCAGAGGAAGUGGUUGAGGCAGGUACAUUAACAACAUUUAAAUGUUACUUGGACAGGUACAUGGAUAGGAAAGGUUUAGAGGGACAUGGGCCAAACACAGGCAAAUGGGACUGGCUUGGGUAUCUUGGUCGGCAUGGACCAGUUGGGCCAAAGGGCCUGUUUCUGUGCUGUGUGACUCUGUGUGGCCAGGGGGUCCCGAGCAGGCCUCGGCCCCUCCGGCUGCCCGAGUGCGGGACCCGUGUCCGCUGGCAUGGUCGCGAUGGCAAC